AUUAAAAAGUAUACACGAGCAAUACAAGUAUUCCGGCAGUAUUUAGCAGCGUUAGUGUAUAUAAUAGGUGGGUUGCCAGCGCGUGGAAUAGAGUUAAUAAUAGUGCAGUAUCGAAACAGCCUAAAUAGUAAUAGUAGAGGGAUUUUUAUUAAAAACGGGUUA